AUGCGACUCAUCGAUCUGAUGCCACUUGGCACUGAACCCAAAGCCUCUGUCACAAUCGACGAUAUCGAUAUAAACGCCUUGUCGGUUGAUGCUAUGCCCCAUGUCAAGCUACUGUCAACAGCUGACCUGCCCGGAGAUAUCAAGUACUUGACGCUAAGUCACUGUUGGGGCGAAUCCGUCCCCAUCAAGCUUUCAAACAAGUCAAAGUCUGUCUAUGCAAAGCAAAUCCCAAGAGAAGACCUCUUACAACCUGAGGCCAAGGUUUUCAGAGAAGCUAUCUGGGUAACCAGAUGUCUAGGAUAUCGUUAUCUAUGGAUCGAUGCAUUAUGCAUUAAUCAAGAAGACGACAAUGAAAAGGCCAUCGAGGUCGCUAGAAUGGACCAAAUAUACAGCGGAGCAACAGCAAAUCUAUCUGCUACGUCUGCAUCGUGUGGAGCUGAAGGUAUGAUCUUUACAAGACAAGAAAGUCUAUACGAGUUAUUUCCUUGCGACUGGAAGACAGUGGAAAUGGGUCAAGAAAAGCACGAUUAUCUAGUGGCAUACGUGGAAGAGAACAAACUCGACGAGGAGCCAGCCAACACACGGGCAUGGGUCUUUCAAGAACGCAUACUUGCACCACGGGUCAUCCAUUUUUGUAAAAACAAAAUAUUUCGUGAAUGUUCCAAAGAGCAGAUGGAUGAAUUGCAAGACUAUAGCCCCUGCAUCAGCAUUCCCAAGCAGGCCAACCAGGCACAUAUUAAUUUUAUAUCCGACGAGGGCUUCGACGGUUUGAGAAAGGAACAAGACUUUUAUCACCAGUUUCGCUCUCGUCUAGAGAUCUACUCCCGCACCGCUCUUUCUUUUCCACAAGACAGAUUACCAUCAGUUGCUGGCAUCUCCAAGGCUAUCGGUAGAUAUAUGGGGCUCGGCGAAGAUCAGUACUUUGCCGGUGUAUGGAGAAACGAUCUCCCAAAGGCAUUACUAUGGAAGACCAGGUACAAUCUGCGUAACAAGAAUUGGGAUCCUAAGAAUGCUGGGUACAUCAGUCCGUCGUGGUCUUGGGCUGGAUGCGAAGCCCCUGACAUACGGCAAAAACUCGAUACUCCACCUUUCGAAGAACUAAUCGAGGUGAUGUAUAUUUGGGCCGUACCUGAGAAAUCUGGGGGCAGCCAUUUCGGCAAGAUCCGUGACGGUGGGCUGACCUUGAGGGGCCGUCUGUUCGAGAUUCAUCGGAAGAGGAUUGGCGACGGGUUCUUGAUAUCCGUACAAGACGGUAACACUGACUUGAAAGAUGAACUGUACUUCGAAUCCAAAUCCCUACAAACAACUCGAGAGAGCAAAAAGACAACUGAAGGAUCUCUGAAGGAGGUCGACAUUUACUGGGACAGAUACGCAAAGGAUCGUGAACGUGCCAGUCUCCCUUUGCGGCAAGCCAACGCGUCGCUGGAUUCUGUUCCCUGGGAUAAAGUCGACCCAGAGAUCCUGUACUUUCUGCCAACUAGCCACUUUACAUAUCAAGAACGAGCAGAAACUCGAAUUCUCAUGGUAGGACUAGUGCUACAACACGACGACAGCACUGGAAGAUAUAGGAGGAUUGGACUGUUCGAAACUGAGGAACCCAAAUGGGAUGGGUCUAACCAUAAGCUCGGGAUGCGUUUGUUAAAGGGUAGCAUGGUGGAACUAACAAUUUUCUGA